GAUGCGGAGCGCUGUUUGGCGCUGGCGUUCAAGCUUGGCUGGGACUGCCGAGGUGCGGUCGCCGCGGUUCUGAUGUGUGCCGAGAAGGUGGGGCGGAGGCAUGAACCGAGCCACUAAGCUUUAGCAGGCGGGGGGCGGCAGGCAGGCUGAUGGGCUAAGGGAGAGGCAGCGUGUGAGACGGGGUGACGGCAGGGACCAGCCCGGGCGGGGACCGGGACUGGGGGGGAUCCCUGAGCAGCCGGCUGGCCCGGCUGGAGGGACGAGGUUAAGGUUGCGGUUCCAUCUCAAAGAUCUGAGCAGUCAAGGCCAUCCUGCGUGGAAGAGGAUAGGUGGAAGUGUCCGGAAGCGUGAGCAACCCGCUGCAGGCGUGGGUCCCAGGAAACGGAAGAGUCAAAGGAAAAAGGGAGGUUUGUGUAAGUAGCUGACAGGGCCGAGUGACCCGGAAAGAAGGUCGGUGGAAGUGAAACGAGUGAAGUGUGGCCGGAGAGAAGAAGGUCUGUGUAAGUGGAUAGAGGAUCGAAGGAAAACGGUGGAAGUGGCCGGGGCCUGGGGCCGAAAGGCAGCGGAGCCGAGCUCAAGCCUGAAGGUGUUUGGAAGUUGGAAGACUUGGUGGCAAACGAAAGUCAGGACCCGGAGUCGGCCUCGGCGAGUGGGAGACGUGUUCGGGAUGUGGGAUCAGAGGUUGGUCAGAUUGGCCCUGCUGCAGCAGCUUCGGGCUGUCUAUGGCAUUAAAGUCAAGGGUGGCCGCGGGCAGUGUGAUCGCAGGAGACACGAAACAGCAGCUGCGGAAAUAAGGGGUAAGAUAUUUGGAGUUCCUUUUAAUUCAUUGCCUCAUUCAGUUGUUCCAGAAUAUGGACACAUUCCAAGCUUUCUUGUUGAUGCAUGCACAUCUUUGGAAGAGCAUAUUCAUACAGAAGGGCUUUUUAGGAAGUCAGGAUCUGUUAUCCGUCUAAAGGCACUAAAGAGUAAACUGGACCAUGGUGAAGCCUGCCUGUCUUCUGCACUUCCGUGUGAUGUUGCAGGUCUGCUUAAGCAGUUCUUCAGGGAGCUGCCAGAGCCUGUCCUCCCUGCUGAUCUGCACGAAGCUCUGUUCAAAGCACAGCAGUUAGGGGCAGAGGAGAAGAAUCAAGCUACGUUGUUGCUGUCCUGUCUGGUGGCCAAUCCUACAGCUGAUAUAUUAAGAUACUUCUUUAACUUCCUCAAGAAUGUUUCUCUUAGGGCGAGUGAGAAUAAAAUGGAUAGCAGCAAUCUUGCAGUAAUAUUUGCACCGAAUCUUCUUCAGACAAGUGAAGGCCAUGAGAAGAUGUCUGCUAACACAGAGAAAAAGCUACGAUUGCAGGCAGCAGUAGUACAGACUCUUAUUGAUUGUGCAUCGGAUAUUGGACGUGUGCCAGAUUUUAUUCUGGAAAAGAUACCAGCCAUGUUAGGUAUUGAUGGUCUCUGUACUACUCCAUCCCUGGAAGGCUUUGAAGAAGGAGAAUAUGAAACUCCUGGUGAAUGUAAGAGAAAAAGAAGACAGAGUGUUGGAGAUUUUGUUAAUGGAGCACUAAAUAGACUUAAAUCUAGCAGAACACCUUCUGUUACACCUCAACAAGAUAGAACUGCCCAGGCCUCUGUAUCACCAUUGAUUCUCACACCAAGUGUUAAGCGAAAACUGCCAGGAGAGUCUUCUCAUGCCUUCUCAAGUAAGAAAAGGAAGUCCAUCAAACACAACUUGAACUUUGAGCUGUUGCCAAGUCAUCUCUUCAGCAGCAAUUCUACACCAGUAUCAGUUCACUUUGAUACGAGCCCGGAUGGGUCAUCGCAGAGUUCACUCUCUCCUAUCGCCAUGAGUGGAAACCACUUGACUGGUACAGACCUAAGGCGAAGUAAAAGAAUUGCGAGCAAAAAGGUUUACAGGGUAGAGUCAGGAAAAGCAGGCUGCUUCUCUCCUAAAGUCAGUCGUAAAGAAAAGGUCCGAAGAUCUCUUCGCCUGAAAUUUAGCCUGGGAAAAAACAGAGACUCAAAUGGAUGUUCUGUCAUCAAUAGAUAUGAAAAUGUUGGUCGACGACUAGCAAAUCAACAGAGUCUAAAAAAUAGGAUUGAAUCUGUAAAAACAGGCCUGCUUUUUAGCCCAGAUAUUGAUGAAAGAUUGCUAAAGAAAGAUGCAGAAAAGAUGAGGAAAUCUGAGGAACACUUACUAACUCCAGAUGGACUGGAUGGAGCAGGUUCCAGGAUGUCUUGGACAGAACCCAGCAAUUCAAGUUUUCAAGACAUAGGUGCAGGCGGAGCUUCUCCAGUAAUGAGCAAUCUUGAGGUGAAGAGCUUUUCUUUGGAGCCCGACAAUACUGUUGACAACUCACCAGUUGUGUCCUGUGAACUCAGACCUUUCACCUUGCACAGUCAACCUGACAGCAGUGUGCUGGGGAGUUCCCUUAGUGGAGAUGAAAGUAACCUGACCUCCGAGACCUUGCUAAAGAUUCAGAAAGCGUUUUCCGAGUCUGGGAGUGAUCUUCAUACACUGAUACAUCGUGGGCAGUCCUCAGUCACAACCACAGGGGAAGAAAGUGAGGCCAGCAAUGGGACUGUGAGAGAAUCAAAGGGAGAUGCUGGGGACUGUGCUGGGGAAGAUGGGGACCGUGUUCCAGAAAGAGAUUUCUCAGCGUGUCCAAGUCCAACAUUGGGCAGAGAAGCCAGUAAUGGGACUGUGAGAGAACCAAAGGGAGAUGAUGGGGACUGUGUUCCAGAAAGAGGUUUCUCAGCGUGUCCAAGUCCAACAUUGGGCAGAGAAGCAAGCGUAGAAUCUUAUUCAACUCAGAUGAAGGGGGAACAUGAAGAAGACAUCCAGUCAGAAGUGCCAAAAGCUGAAUUGAUCCUGCAAGAGUUCCCCAGUGAGGAGCAAAUGAAGGGACCACAGUCCCCAAGGAACCAACUAAAUGCCCAGUCAGCGGGGAAUGAGGCUGUGGUGCAGGAGAGCUCCAUGGCGUGUGAAGCUGCUGGGAAAGAUGAGGCUCACUCUCCUUUAGAGCAGAGUGCGUGCAGUGUGCUAGACCCUUCAAAACCUCAGCCCCAGAGACUGGCUAAGCAGCGGUCACCGGUGGGAAAAUGCCAUAAUGCGGUUCCUGGAGGUUUACAAAUGACGGAGCAUGGCAAGGUUUCUGAUCACAUACAGUGGUUUAAUAAACUUUCUCUAAAUGAAGCAAACAGCACAAAAGUGAAGUCACCUCUGAAAUUUCAGCGUACUCCUGUCCGUCAGUCUGUCAGAAGAAUUAAUUCUUUGUUGGAGUAUGGCAGGCAGCCUGUGAGGCAGAAGUUGGCAUUCUUUGGUGAUGCAGCUUCUCCUCUGGUGAAAUCGGUGAGCUGUGAUGGUGCUCUUCCCUCAUGUGUAGAAAGUACAUCGAAAGAUUCCUCCGUUUCAUGUACUAAAUUAGGUCCCAAAGCACAGAAGUCUACGUCGUGUGAUAAGUCAAAUGAUGCAAUUUCAAAAUCAAGCGUUGAAUUAACUUCUAAAUCUUUCUCAAAAGUUAAGAGACAUCCAGAUCCUGUGCAUGCUUCUCUUGGAAAUACUAGACUUUGUAAACAGGAGAGCAAAUCUGAUGGCCAAAUUAAGUUUCCCUUGGAUGAUCUCACUAAUCAUGAUAGAUUAAAAUUUGCUGUAAAUAAUAAUACAGCCUUUCCUCCCGGAAUAAAAAACAGAGUUCUUAGGAAACCAUCAGAAAAAGAAAGGGUCUGGUACAAGGGUUCUCCCAAAAAUCCUAUUGGAAAGACUCAACUCCUACCAACGAGUAAGCCUGUAGACUUGUAACUGACAGAUGUCAUACUUGUCAUUAGUGUUUAUAAAGUUAGCAGUUGGUGGGAUGGUUUGCAGGGUAAUCGUGUGCUAGUGUGUAGCUAAGGAUGUUUGUUAAGCAGCUUUUCUCUGAAGCAGUCUCACUGCUUGGCUGGAACAAUUUGGAUUUUCAUACUUGCACAUAGAGCUGUUUUGUUUUUCUUUAUUACUGAAGCAUUUAAACUUCAUUGUGAUUUCUCGAAGCAAAGGUUAUAAUUAACUUUAAAAAUCCUGUUGGGUAGAUUUAUUUAAAAGAGGGGCAGGUUUUUGGUUUGCAUGCCUGAUAGGAAGUUGUGCUUGGUUUUGGUCAUUCCUCCAAGUCCAUUACAAAUCUCCCACGUUAAGGGAAUGGGUAGCCCUGCCAAUCUUAUGUCUUGAGUUAUAUUCA